AUGAUUACAGCAAUUACAAGAUUACAGCAAUUACAAGAUUACAGCAAUUACAAGAUUACAAGGAUUACAAGAUUACAUGGAUUACAAGAUUACAAGGAUUACAAGAUUACAGCAAUUACAAGAUUACAAGGAUUACAAGAUUACAGCAAUUACAAGAUUACAGCAAUUACAAGGUUACAGCAAUUACAAGAUUACAUGGAUUACAAGAUUACAGGAUUACAAGAUUACAUGGAUUACAAGAUUACAGCAAUUACAAGAUUACAAGGAUUACAAGAUUACAGCAAUUACAAGAUUACAAGGAUUACAAGAUUACAACAAUUACAAGAUUACAACAAUUACAUGAUUACAGCAAUUACAAGAUUACAAGGAUUACAAGAUUACAUGGAUUACAAGAUUACAACAAUUACAAGAUUACAGCAAUUACAAGAUUACAGCAAUUACAAGAUUACAGCAAUUACAAGAUUACAGCAAUUACAAGAUUACAAGGAUUACAAGAUUACAACGAUUACAAGGUUACAGCAAUUACAAGAUUACAAGGAUUAG